GGUGCGGCGGCGGAGAUGUGCGCGGCGGGGAGGCGCUGGGGCCGGCGGCAGCGAGUGCUGCUGUGGGGCGUCCUGCUGGCGGCCUGGGAGGCGGCGUGGGGGCAGCUGCGCUACUCGGUGCCCGAGGAGAUGCCCAAGGGCUCGUUCGUGGGCGACGUGGCCAAAGACCUGGGGCUGCAGAUGCCGGAGCUCCGAGAGAGCGGUGUCCGCGUUGUCACUGAAGGUAGGAGGCAGUAUUUUGCUCUGCACGGCAAGACAGGACAUUUAGUGACGGCCGAGAGGAUCGACAGAGAGCAGCUUUGCCGGCUGGUGGAGCAAUGCGUGCUGCGCUGUGAGCUGAUAGUGGAGGGGGAAAUGAAGGUUUAUGAAAUCGAAGUAGAAAUCACGGACAUUAACGACAAUGCGCCCAACUUCAAAGAAAUCGAAUUGGAGGAGAGGAUAAGCGAGAUGACAGUCCCAGGAUCGCGGUUUCCCCUCCCAGACGCUCACGACUUGGACUCUGGACAGAAUUCCCUGCAGAGCUACGAUCUGAGCGGCGACGAGCACUUCUCGCUGGCCGUGCAGACGGGCCCCGGCGGGGAUCAGCGUCCCGAGCUGGUGCUGGCGAAGGCGCUGGACCGGGAGGAGGCGGCGUUUCACGAGCUGGUGCUGAGGGCGAGCGACGGCGGCGAGCCGUCCCGGACGGGCACGGCGCGGAUCCGCGUGACGGUGCUGGACGCGAACGACAACGCGCCCGUGUUCAGCCAGGCGGAGUACACGGUGCGUGUGCCGGAGGACGUGCCCGUGGGCUCCACCCUCGUCACUGUCACGGCCACCGACGCCGACGAGGGUCACUACGGCAGUGUGAAAUAUUCUAUGAAAAAAGCGACCGAUAUGUCAUCGGAUAUUUUCCAUCUGGACUCCGAGACAGGAGCGAUCACCCUCGUGCAGAGCCUGGACUUUGAGGAAGGUGACUACUACGAACUCGAGCUGCAGGCACGUGAUGGGGGUGGUCUUUUUGAUACAGCAAAGGUCGCGCUCACCGUUACAGACGUCAACGAUAAUGGGCCCGAGAUUUCGGUGCGGUCGGCGCUGAGUGAGAUUUCUGAGGACGCCCCAUCGGGGACUGUUGUAGCCCUACUGCACGUACAGGACCAGGACUCGGGCGCCAACGGCGAGGUGCGCUGCUCCCUCGACGGGGGCGUUCCGUUCCGGCUGGAAAGUGCACAGGGCAGCUACUACCGCGUGGUGACGGCGAGAGAGCUGGACCGGGAGCAGGAGUCGGAGUACAACGUGACGGUGCGGGCGGCCGACGGCGGUCGUCCGUCGCUGCAGAGCAGCAGGGUGCUGUGUGUGCGGGUGCUGGACGUGAACGAC